CACACUCCAUCAUUCUCACCGCUUGCGUCAGCGUUGUGAAUUAAGUGUUCACCAUCUGGCUCUGUUUGGUUCAGCGUAGAAGCUGUGGUUUCCUCUCUACCCGUACCCGUUAUGAACCUUUUCACGGUGGAGAAUUUUAGAUAUGCUUACUGUCUUUGCUGCAAUGAUGGAUACCAUCGCAGUAAUAAUGCCUUCACUCCAUUCCAGUACAAUGGGACGAAACUUUGCGACAGAAACCGAUCUCCCCAUCCCAUCAAAUACGAAACCACCUGAGACUCCCGAACUACGUCUGUUUCCUCAAACUCGUAUGCAGCAUGCUUCGCUA